CUAACAGUGUGUGUCACUGAGGGGAAACUUCAUAAACUUCCUCUUUUUAGUGUGAAGGUUCUCUGGUCUGUGAAAAACGUGUGCACUUCACAGCCUGGAACAAAACUCUGCUGAUCAAACUGCAACAAGGAUGCACCUUCUCUGUACCUUGUUGAUUUUGGCCUCUCUGGAUCACUCCCACUCUUCUGUUUCUUCUGCCUUGAAUAAAAUGUGGGAAGAGUGGACAAUCAAACACAGCAAGGUGUAUGAUAAUCAGACUGAGGUCAUUUUCAGGAGAGCUGUGUGGGAGAAAAACAUGAAGUCAGUGCUGAGACACAAUCAGGAAGCCUCAGCAGGGAAACACAGCUUCGAGAUGGGACUCAAUCAUCUGGCUGACAUGACCACUGAGGAGAUCAAUGAGAAGCUGAAUGGUCUGAAGCUGGAGGAGUCUUUGAACUUCAGAAACGUCUCUUUGAAGGAACUGAGCAGCUUAUCAAUACCUCCAAGUGUGGACUGGAGGAAAUCCGGCUUGGUUAGUCCAGUCCAGAACCAGGGGAUGUGUGGGUCGUGCUGGGCCUUCAGCUCUGUGGGGGCUCUUGAGGGGCAGAUGAAGAAGAAGACGGGGGCCUUGGUUCCUCUCAGUCCACAGAACCUGGUGGACUGUAGCACUGUGGAUGGAAACCAUGGCUGCAGAGGGGGAUUCAUCUCUAAAGCCUUCAGAUACAUCAUCCGAAACAGAGGCAUCGACUCUGAGAGAUUCUACCCCUACGAACAUAAGAAUGGUAAAUGUCGUUAUUCUGUCAGUGGAAAAGCCGGUUACUGUGCUGAUUUCCAUAUCCUCCCACAUGGAGAUGAGAAGACUCUGCAGGCUGUCGUGGCGUCAGUGGGGCCCGUCUCUGUGGCUGUGAACGCCAUGCUCAAAUCUUUUCAUCUCUACAGGGGAGGUUUAUACAAUGUUCCCAACUGCAAUCCCCGUAUCACGAAUCAUGCUGUGCUGGUUGUGGGCUAUGGCACAGACAGAGGAGAAGACUUUUGGCUUGUGAAAAACAGUUGGGGGACCGCAUGGGGAGAGGGGGGCUUCAUUCGAAUUGCCAGAAACAAGAAUAAUCUCUGUGGCAUCGCCAGUUUUGCUGUCUACCCCUCGCUGUGAAAAAGUGGCAUGUCUCCUGAACAAUCACAGCAGGAGUUGGGUUGUUUUAUUUGCCAGAGACCAGCCGUUUUCAUAUUUGUUAACAGACAUGUACAUGGUAUUCUAAAGGUAAAAAUACAACUGAAAGUGUUACAGUAUUUAUUUAUUUAGAAGAGCCAGUCUAAAUACAUUUGAAUUUUUAAUAAACUUUAAAAAAUGUCUUAAAAAUAGAGGGUAAAGAUUUCCUGCUUUGUACAUUUAUGUGUUUUGGUCAUUUUAUAUUGUACAUGAGCUCUACAGCACUGGAUUAAAUAUUAUUAAAUUUUAGUUUAGUUUCAGUGUGUUGAAGUGCACACUUGAAAUUUUCUAUGCCUACAGGUAGGAAGGAAGAAAGAAAGAAUAAAGGAUAUAAACUAUAACUAGCAGUAUUUGAGUAGUAUAUAAAGCAAGACAUGUACUUAUACUUUACUCAGGUGAAAAGAAAUAUUGCAGUUGAGUUUGUGGGCUUGAUGAGAGCUUGAUUUUUUGUCAUCCUGCAGUUGUUUACUUUUCAUGUUUGUUUUUGAAAACUUUGUCUAUGUCAAGAAAGUAAAAUAAAAUAUUUUAAAACUC